AUGUCUGGCUCGCGUACUAGUUCCACCAAUCGCUCUUACAACAAGAUCCCUUUCACUGUUGAAACAAUCAAACAGUAUGAGCCAUUCAUGGCACUGAAUCCCUCGGUGAAGGCUAAGAUCUGCGAGCUGCUCGCCAGUGGUGUGGUCAAUGAAAAAGGAAACAUUAAGCAACCCCUGAACUCCUAUUUAUUGUCUCGCCAGAAGCUCGCUUCCAAGCCGAAGGAACAGCGUAGCAAUCGUUGUGACGAGCCAUCCGAACAAACUUCGGCAACAGCCUCAGAAGAGCGGAACGACUUUGAGGAGAGAAUGGCCGAAUACAAACUACAGGCCAACCAAGGUCGUCAAGCACAUUGUCGGAAUUUUCCAGGAUAUAAAUUCAUGCCCAUCUUGAAUCGUAAAUGGAAAGUUAUCAACGAAGAAGGUCGGAAGAAGUGGUUCUUGGAUUGCCUCGCAUUCGUUAGCAAAAACAUGCUAAAACCCGAUGCUAGACCCUGCAGUCUGGACAUUAACGAAUGGAUUCGCGACCCUUCAAACCAUAAGUAUAUUUCCCCACAGGACUUGCGUGACUUUCUGGUUGGUUCCAGGAGAGCUCAUGGAUCUGAACCAAAAGUUCGCUCGGAUUGGGAUAACCUUCUUCACAACAUAGCUCAACUACCUACUAUUCACAGCCCUGCACAAUCGCCAGACCAUGCUAGUCCCCAUGAACAACCGACCACCGCUACAUUGUCCGGGCCGGCGACAACAUCAUCUCUACAACAGCAUGCGCUACCGCCAGUGACCCACUCUCAUUCAACUCUGGCAACUCUGGCUCAUAAUCCUGUCGUGGAUCUUCCCUCUUCUUCUGAAACAUUGGCACUUGAACUUACCAACGAGAUCAAUGAAAUUUGGCGGGACAAUGAUGACACAGAAGGCGAUCAUUUGCAAUUUCAUCCCAAUCCGGCUCGAGUAUAUGAGGAGUACAUGACCUCGGGAUAUGAAGCCAUGAUGGAUUACAUUACCUCGUUUCGACCAUCGACACAGGACGAGUCAGAGCCUUCUUACGACUACACGGAGCUGAUACACGAAUACAUGAAUCCCAUUGCAUACGAGGACGACAAUGAGUUUGGAGACGAAGAUGAUACUGUACCACUCAACCCAUUCUAA